AUGCCGUCCGACAUCAAGCGGGUGCAGUAUGCCCAGCUCGCGCGAUCUCUGCGGGGCCGACCUCUAGCCGAACUGAUCUCGCGCGCCACCACGGAACCAGACCUGGCGACCUUCGGGGACUUGCUCCACCUCACAGCUGUACAGGAGCUCUCCAACACUGAGGAUGCUGCCGCUCUGAGUCUGCUGAACCUGUUCUCCUACGGUACUUGGCAAGAUUAUUCAGGCCAGGCCAGCGGCUUGCGUCUGACAGCAGCCCAAGAAAGAAAGCUCAGAGCACUGACCGUGCUGUCUUUGGCGGCCUCGAGACGGAGGCUGGCUUAUGCAGAGCUCCUGCCCGCCUUGGGGUUGCAGGACGUGCGUGAUCUGGAGGACAUCCUGGUCACCAACUGCAUCGGCGCGGGGCUGGUUCGUGGCCGCCUGGACCAGGCAGAGCAGUGCCUCCUCGUCGAGGAGAGCGUGGCAAGGGAUGCGAGCCCGGCCCAAUUGAGUGCCAUCGCCGCAUCCCUUGGGGCCUGGCUGGACAGCGCCAGGGGCGUCGCUGCCGCCGUGGAGGCCGCUCUGCAGAGCGCCGUGGAGGGGGCUGCUGCAGAGGCGGCGCAGCAGGCGCAGCUCGCAGCCGACAUUCAGGCCAAGCGGGAGGGCGCUGCAGCCGUGCAUGAAGCAGAUGCGGAGGGGCCGGCGAAUAAUGGCUUGAGUGGCCUGUUUGCGGAUGAGAGCGAGAUGUUCAGUCUGGAGAGUAUGGGUGAGGGCUCCACGCCUGGCAACGCGGCACGCCUCCCAAAGAGGCGGCGCUGA